AUGGAAUUUUGGUACCUACGACAAGUCCUCUGCUACGCCUUGCCAGCGUGGCAGAUGGUGCUGGCCAUGCCAAAGAAGACCCGCAAGGCAUUGUCCCAUUUGGGUGCGGUUCGCCGGACCUACACUCCAGCUGCCGUGCAGAAGGGAGUCUGGUCCAGCUCCAGCGGCCUCGUCUACGGAGCGGCUUACGCAGUGGUCUGGCACAAGUUGGGUCUUUCGAGCAUGCUGCACUGCCCACACUCAAGUGCAGAGAGUUUGGGAGACAUUCUGGAGGCAGUGGACGUGGUGGAGGAUGCGACAACAAAGUCCCGCCGCGAACAGAGCAACUCGGAGUCGAACAAAGCCGUGCGGCAGGGUGACAGGGACACCUUCACCUAUGUGUCUGGGCACACCAGGACGUGCAGUUUGCAUUGCUAUCUUCGUAUGGCUUUCGACUUGCAGCUGGAGCUUCCGAAGUGGAUGCGGUCUAUGGCCCAGUCUGUGCCUGUCAUGGUCGUGAAGGUGGAUUCUGGAAUCCGGGACCCAGAUCCCGGGACCCAGAUGCAGGUGGAUUCUGGAAUCCGGGACCCAGAUCCCGGGACCCAGAUGCAG